AUGUCGCAUAUUCCUCCACCACCUGUGCAUGCAGUUGCCAGCCGUUUUGUAUAUCAGGUAUUUGCUUUGAUGUUGAUAAUUUGUGCGAUAGUUGGUAAAUUUGCUGCUGUGUUUAUAACGAUACCUUAUCCAGUAUUAGGAGGGGUGCAAGUAUUAGGAUUCGGCAUGUUUAUAGGAUUAAUCAUGUCAAAUGUACAGUACAUAGACAUAAAUUCAAAUAGGAAUUUGGCUAUUAUUGGCAUUGCCAUAAUGAUUGGAUUAAUGAUACCGUACUGGGCUUCAAAUAAUAUGGAUACUAUAAAAACAGGGAUUCCAGAGCUUGAUGGAUUUCUGAAAAUGAUACUGAGCAAUCCUAAUCUUUCUGGUGGAUUUACAGCAUGUUUCCUUGACAACACAGUUCCUGGAACUAAAAAAGAGAGAGGCCUGGUGGGCUGGGGUACAGAAGGGAUAGCAGAAGUGAGUGAGGAACCAUUAGGAGACAUAGAAGAUACAAUGGAGGUUUAUGAGAUACCCGUCCUCACUCGCGUUCUUGAAAAAAUAUCUUUCACGAGAUUUAUUCCAUUUUCUCCAACAUUUAGGAGACGGAAACAAAAGUGACUGAUCGUAGCAUAUUAAACUAAAAUGGCUUUUUUUAGACAAUUUAAAAAGAACAUGGGAAGUAUAAAAUACUUACGAAAAAUUAAGAAAGGAUUUUAAAAGCCACACAAAUAUUAUUUAUUGUAUUCGAUGCCUGAAUAUUAAGAUGUCUUUGUCUUGUAUUAAUAUAAUCUCUAGUUUAGUUUAUUUUCAAUUUUUAUUGGACAUUUAUAUAGUCUUUCUUCAAUAUGCAGCA